CGUCCGGUUCGUCCCUUCUAAAGCUGAAAGGAUGGUUUAAGUGCUAGAAGACCCACCCUUGGGCAAGGAAGUGUUACAACUCUUGGUGUGCUAUUUGUACAUAGUUACACUCCCGCUAACAGGAUAGGCGGGCUCGGGCUACACAUUAAGUGAAGUGCAAUAUAUAUAGAGUGCUUUAGUUUCUCUCUCUUUAUGAAACAUGUUUUUCCGUCGCGUGUUUGCUAAGAACGCGGCCGGUUCCUCCAGCAGUGGUGACAGUGCGACUUCCUCGAAUGGCAAUACAGGAGGAGGCAGCAUGCAUGCCAUGCACGGUAGUAGUCUCGGUAUGUCUGCCAACGGUGUGCCGCUCGAAUCUCCGGCCCGGUACCGGCGUGCACUGAAUGUGGAGGAUAAUCAUCGAGUGCUAUCAGUGCUGCAGCUGACACCACUUUGGGAGUACAUCAUUCGCAAUAAUGAGCUCCCGGUCGGGCUCAACAUGAACGAGCUGUUUCGGGAGUUUUUGGAGCGAUUGCACGAUCCCGAGUUUCAGGUGCGCCAACACGCACUGCGCGUCUUGAUUGACGUGAUUAUAGUGCUGCGAGAUGAGACGGACAUCUACUUUGCCCCGCUACUUCCGCCCAUCAUCGACAAUCUGGGCCACCCUUCUCCGGCCGUGCGAAAGGGUGCGCUGGAUGUGUUGAAGGUGUACAUCGCGCAAACCAAGCUCCCCGAAACCGUUAUGCUGGAGAUCAUGAACUACGGUAUGGACCGAAAUCCGAAAGAUCCGCUCAGCAGCCGGUACAUCGUGGGGGUUAUGUUGGCACUGCCUUCGCUCAUUCAACCCGCGAUUUUGACCGCCAAACGAACGUUCAUUCUGCGCGCAGUUAUCAAUGCGCUCGGGGGCAAGAUGGUGCAAAUAACGUAUCAAGAGAUUGCGCUUAAAAUCCUGCUCAAGAUCAAAAAUACGAUCGGUUCGCGCGAGUUUUACGAGUGCAUUUCGGUGGCGUAUCGGCGUGAUUUUGACCUUCUGUGCAAUGUGUAUGGCUUGCCGAAUCCACCGAAAAGCCCGCGACGGGAUCCAGUCGUUCCUCCCGGCGAGAUACCGCUGGGAAACGUUGAUAUACGAAAGUCGUGGAAACCAACAGUGACUCCCGGUGCACCGAUGCCACCAAUGCAGCCACUCUCACCCAAAGCACAGCGCUGGAAGUCUGGUAGCCAUGGAGAUAUUUCUCGAUCGACGGUGACGAACGAUCCGGUGCGAUUGCGACACCGAGUUGGAUCGGACGAGCGACUCCCAGCGCAGCACGACUACAUUCUGAGCAAAGGACCCGGCGGAGGACCACUUCUGCGGCGCGUUAGUUUAGAGAAGAUUGACGAUUCGAAGGUCAUCAUGGAAACGGAGAUUAAAAUCAACAAGGAGUCGGUGACGAUGCGUAUCUUAGAGGCGGAAAACUCCAACUCCAACUCAAUCAGCGAGGAAAGCGACGAAGACAAUGCAAACAAACGGUUCGGAGUGGUGCGUGUCCUUACCGACAGCGAGCUGGAGGAUAGCGUCACGGUGAAAUCGAUUGCGGGAAGUCAGGCAACCAUGCAACAAGAGCUGCUGCACUCUUCCGACACGGAAUACGUCAGGAGAACGCCGCGACGCGUACGCUUUGGUGGAGAAAUUGUUAAAAUGCGCACCCCAGACAGCGACACAUUCGAUCAGAGCGAUCAAGAUGCACUUACACUCUCACAGACGUCAAACCAAUCCACACAGCUGCUAUCGUCCUCUUCAGCAACAUCGGAUCGCACGUCUUCAACGAUGGCGCCACCUCAGCGAUCCUCGUUGAAAUCGGCAUCCUCGUCUUCUGAUCGUAGCAGCACAACCUACUCGAACACGAUGAUGCGAAGGCAAUACUCGCAGUCGGCAGAUACGGAACGUUCGUCACCUCCAAGCACUAUGGCGCUGUCGUCUUCCGACUUUAACAGUAGCUUCACCUCCAAACUAAGGCCCUCGUCGGCAAAAUCGAUCAUGGAAACGUCCGGGCUGAGCGAACUUAACUCGGGAUCAGAUCCGGAGGAUAACUUAGCUCCAUCAAUGGUAGCAAGCAGUGUUGCAGAGGAGGUAGAAAAUAGCGCAUCGCGAGCAUCAUCACGACCUAAAUCAUCUCUCACGCGUCCAAAGUCUGCAAAAACUCCUCCACCAGAGCCGAAGGAGAUACAACAACCAGAACCGGUUAAAAUUAAUAAUACUGCUCCACAACAUCCAGAGACGCCCGAUGCACAAAGCCGCCCAGAACCCGACCCACUAACGGCGGCCGCUCUCGAUGCUAGCUCCAUCUUGGCCGACAAAAUAGAGGAAGUAAAGCAAGCGAUCCAAGGUAUCGAAAGCAAGAUAAACAACGUAGUAAUGCAGAAGGCAGACUCGAUCGAUACGGUACAGAAUCACAAUGCAGGCCAUAGCUCAACGCCGAAGCUAGAGCCAAACCUCUCACUCGAAGUGCUUAUGAAAACCAAUCACAACGAAAAUGCGGCCAACCUUGAACAGGACCCGUCCCAGGCAGAGCACAACAAGAAGGAUUACACCAAAGAGCUCAACAUCGAAAUACCGAAAGAAGAAAAGCUACAAAACGCUCCACCACCACCAUCGCCCAAGCCAGCCCAGGCCGCCGACAAGGGUGAAGGGGUAACUCCCGUCACAUCACAAACCAAACCAAUACCCAAGAUCGUACGAUCAUCAGGUAUUCCUCGCCUCAACACGAUGCCCUCACCAAAGACGAUGCGGAAAGCGCACGAAACCCUCAACAAUGCGCCCAAGUCACCGACCACCACCGGUAGCUCCGAUGGCAAAGGUCAGCUCACACCGCAGCCUGCCAAUGCGGUCCGCGGUCGCACGUUGUCGCGAAGCCGAUCGGCCACCUCUGCCACGAUGAAACGCAGCGUCUACAUCAGCCCCUCAUCUCUCAGUCCCAAGCCGCACAGUGGCAUCGAGAUGAUUCACAACCUGCUGCGAAGUCCGUCCACAUCGCCGCACCGAAGUCGUCGGAAAAGUUCAAAUGUGAGCGAUGCAAAAGCGCUCGAUAUGAUUGCGGCAAGCGAUAAGAACAACAACAACACCCAGCUCAUAUCCAGUGUUAGCGAAUCGGUCGUCGACGGGCGUACGGACAAGUGCAUCAGCGUGAACGAGGAUGACAUCUUCGAUGUGUUUGGGAAAACCAUUGCGACACAAACGUCCGUCGACGAGCUGGUAGACCGCCCGGCGCCCUUUGUACCGUUUACUCGAACGCCUUCGCGGCUAGCAUUCGGCGCACCAAGCGAUGCAAAUGGAAAUGAAAUCAUCAGCACACUCAGUCCAUCAGCAGCAGAUGGGCAUGAAAAAUUUGUUUCCUUCUCCAAAGAUCGCGCCCAUUCGCCGAACGUGUCGCUACCGGAGUCGCCCAAGCAAACGCAACCGCCAAUGCAGCAAAUAAUCAGCUCCUGGGAAGAUCUCGGUAUCGUGAGCCGCCUCACGCUUUUGCAGCUGAAAAGUCCGGACUGGCGGUUACGGUCCCAAGGUUUCUGUAGCAUCGAGGAAGCACUUAAAUCAUCCGAUAAUCUGGCAAAGGUACAACCCUAUCUCGAGUCGCUGCUGCGCACGCUGCUGUCCUCGGAGCGGAAUCUCGAUGUCAUUGACGAUAAGGUGCGCAUGUUGGUCAACCUGGUGUCCCGGCUGCCGCUCGAAAACCUGGAGGACCGGGUGGGACAAAUCAUGACCGGCCUGUGCCGGCAGGGCGGCCCCGGAAGCAACACGGUGGCCAAGGCGCUGAUGCAACGAUUACCAACGGCGGCCAUUGUUCAGCGGUUACUAUCGGAUGACUUCCUGCAUGCCAAAAGUUCCAAGUUUCGCGAGAAUGCAUUGCAAACGGUGCUGUUUGCUUUAAUGACAUUUCCGAGCACCUACUUUGACAUCAAAACGCUUAUUUCCCGAGCGACCGAAGCGGCACUGGAUCGCAAGAAACGCGUCCGCCAUGCUGCGCUGGACGUGCUUGCUGUGCUGGGACAAAUUAGCUCUCCUAAAUUGGUUCUAGACGUUGUCUGCGCCGCUGUCGGAACACGCUCGGAAGGAAACCAUCUGAUCACGGCCGUCAAGGCACGCCUGGCUCGCAAGCAGCUUCCCUUCAUUGGCCCCGAUGGAAGCGUAGAGUACGCGAUUAAAGUUCCUUCUAACCGGGCCAGCUCGGUCAUCAUGUUCGGUGCGGACGUCGAUUGGAUCGAGGCUGGUAGUGGGUCCGCUUCGCCCACCUUCAACCGGCCCGGGCGAAACAAAUAUCCUAGCUUUCAAGUGGAAAACAGUUCGUUUGAAGACAUCAGACAGAAGCCAAGCUUCACCGUUUUUGACGAAAUUAAACAACCAAUUGAAACAUCGAAAAUUGCCACCCAUUCGGGCUGGACAUCUAAAAUCCCGGUCUCACAUGCGGAUAAUAUGGCUCAGCCAGUAGGACCGACCAAUGCUACUCGACCAAUGUACGGCAAUGGACAAUCUUCCAGGUCGUACCCGGAGCUGCUCGACAGCAAGCUGACCGCAGCCGCAGGAACAAAGCCCGGCACAAUCAACAACCGAAAGCUGGAGGGAAAUUUGUCCGGCAUACCGCAAAUAGCGAAUGGCAAACUUUCACGCAACGCAACAUCCUCCUCCUCUUCGUCAAGAUUUCCCGAAAUGGAUCCGAAGACGAACGGUAAGGCCAUGCUGGCGAAGAACAAUAACCCGUACGAAAUGAGGACACCGCGAAUGCGGGGCAAGCUGUAUUCCCGCAACAGUGAUGGGUUUAUGAGCGACACAAUCGCUAGUGCCAAUAAGCAAGUACACAACGACAUCCGACCCGCUACGGAUCCGGUGGUGGAAAGUGAAGGUUUCAGACAAUCGAGAUUUGGUAUGCGGUUCUACAAUCCGAAUCUAAUGGGAAGCCACAACAAACAACAAAUGACUACGCAUGUGCAGAAGCAGGAUGUAGACCAGCGUCCUAAUUUAUCACCGAGCAAAGGCUUUAACAACCAUCAUCACCACCACCACCACCACGACCACCAUGCGGCCAGCAACGGUGGCGCAAAUAAUCGGAGCAACAGUGCGAGCCAUGGUGAACAUCAGAGCUAUUACGCCGAUUCCAACAUGGGCACCGGCAGCGGUACUGCACCGAACACUCCGCAUCGGACACGUUUCCUGGGCGAACAUCAGCCACCGGCGGGGGCAAGCAUUAAUCAGGAAAGCUACAUCAUCCAUCGGGACGAAAACUAUGACAGCGAGCAGGACGAACGAUCAAGUAACGAUUCCACCUCUACCCGCAUCAUCUCCAACAGUAUUUUGAACUUUCGAGAGCGCGACCGAGACCGGGUAACGGUUGGUGGGGAUGGCCCUUACCCUAGUGCCCUAUCCGGUGGCAGUCGUCCUCCAUCGAUACCGUCCGUUUCGCGACCACAGUCCGUUAGCUCGCACAAGUCGAUCGGUUCGGGAGUGCUCAAGCAUCAAGCAACGCCGGAAGGACGUACAUCGCGCACCAGUAACGCUUCGUACAGCAAUGCGUCCAUGAAGAAUGCAUCGAUGGGGGACAAUGUUUCGCUCAAAUCGCACCGCUCGUUUGCGGGGAAAGCCUCUGGGGAUGAUCGUGCAGAUGGUGAAUGGUAUGGGGAACGGGCUACGACACCGAUUCAUAGCGAGAUGGAUGGAAUCAGCUCGAACCAGGUGCAGUAUGAGUCGGACUAUGAUGAGGAGGACGAUGAGCAGGAGCGAAAGCACGAUAGACACUUAAAACCCAAAUCACCGACCACUCCGAAGCGCUAUCCUACGCCAAGUCCACGUCCAUUGCAAGGCUCGUACUCCACAGAGGAACUGUCCAGUCAUAAUGCCUACAGACAGGAGGGGGAGGAAGAGGAGGAGGAGGAAGACGAAGAAAUAGAGGAAGAGCUGGCUAUUUCCCGCCCCAGAAGCCGCGUGCAGUCGGCUAGCAUGGGCAAUUUGCAGCAUCUGGAUCGGAUAGAGGUAGCAGAACAAUCUCCGGUGCCGGUUUCACCGAAAAAAAUUCUCAAGAAACCGUUUCUAGUGCGUCGCAGCAGCAAAGUGGCCCCCGUGAAGGAGGUCGUAUCGAGCGUGAAGGCAAAGAACAAGCUCAACGAGGUGAUUUUUCAGAAAACGUUGCGCCGGUUCGAGAAACCGAAGGACGCUCUCAACAACUGCCUGACGCACCUGGAAAGCCCGAACUGGGAGCAAAACAUCAGUGGGCUUCAAUUCUUCGUGCGACUCAUACGCCACCAUCCGGAGGUGAUCGACACCCAGAUACAUCUGCUGUCGGUGGCACUGGCGAAGCAGGUGCGCAACUUGCGCUCUCAGGUGGCCCGAGCCGCCUGCCAAGCUUCGGCCGAGUUUUUCGCCACCCAUCGCCGGUGUCUGGAGGGUGAGGCGGAAGACAUCGCAACGCAUCUGCUGCACCGUACGGCAGACACCAACAAGUUCCUACGGGCCGACGCUACCCAGGCGCUGGAGGCCAUGUGCGACAACGUAUCGAUUCCGAAGGUGGUGCACAUCAUUUCCUACAAGGGAGCGACGCACCAGAAUGCGGUCGUGCGGACGACGGCCGCCAAGCUGCUGAACAAGAUCGUGCAGCAGCUGGGCAGCGAGAAGGUGUUCGCAUUGCCGAAGGAAACACGCGACAAGCUCAUACUGACAGGGGCGCAUCUGCUACUGGAGGGAUCGCUGGAAACUCGCAACUACACCAAGAGCAUGUUUAAGCAACUAGCAGACCACUCGAACUACAGCAAAGUAUUAUUAGAAGUGAUACCUCCGCGGACCUAUAGGAAUAUAGAGAAAUCGCUGAACAGCAUUCGGCAAAUGUCUUAAAUCUUCUCCUCAAUCCCCAGCAACCGCUGCUGCGCUGGUAAUGUUGUGAUGGAGCAGUUGGUUGCAUAUUUCGUUUCGUUACCAAAGCCGUAGUGAAAUUCUCUUCUGUAUUCUUACUAAUAAAAAUGUACGUAAUUUAA